CGUUUCAGUUAACGUUUGCCCGAUGACUCAAACCCACUACAGAGCCGUGCAGGCGGGCUAGUAGCUAACAAGUUGACUGAAUAUCGGUGGCUAAUAGUCAGUACAAAAUCCACCACUGUUACUGGAGUCUAUUUGAACUUUGUAAACAUUAAUAUUGGACCUACAUGACGCCGCUGGGUUGAGGAGGACGCGAGCCACUAACGUUAAUGCUCAGAAUUAAACAUUUCCAGCUCGUUAGCUAACAGCUAACGGACAGUCGUCCCUGAAUAUUCACAGCCAGUGUUUUCCUUCCUUUCUGUGGGCCAGCCAGACAACCCGAAGCGAAGCAAAGUGGCUGUGAAGGUAAUGGUGCUUUCUGCUGCCCGAGCUGCAUGAGAUAUGCAGUCGUCAGAGUGGCGCUGACAGGCCAGACUCUGGUUUAACACUAUCAUGGAGUCCUCCUCUGAGUCCCAGCAGGAGCCUGAGAAAACUUUGCACCAUGCAGAGUUGAGAGAGCAUCAUGCCACCUCCGCUGCUGUAGUGUGCGGGGAUGACACCGUCCUUCUGACCCCAGGCAGGAUGAGCCAGCGCCAGGUGAAGGAGCGAGACAAAGAGAGGGAGAAGGAGGCAGGCCUCCUUACGCCCAACAGGGAGCACGUAGCCACCCCCUCUACCCUCAGCCCAGGGGUCAGCUACACCCACGGUUUCGAGAGAGGGAAGGAGGACCUCUUGCCUCUGCCUUUGAAAGAGGACUCACAUUCCAUAUCUAAGAGCAAGUCUGAAACCAAGCUGUACAAUGGCUCAGACAAGGAUGUGUCGGCGUCUGGAGGAAAGCUCACCAAAAAAGAGUCCCUCAAGGUGCAGAAGAAAAACUACAGGGAAGAAAAGAAGAGGGCAACCAAGGAGCUGCUCAGCACCAUCACUGAUCCUUCUGUCAUCGUCAUGGCCGACUGGCUAAAGAUCCGUGGCACUCUGAAGAGCUGGACCAAGCUGUGGUGCGUGCUGAAACCUGGUGUCCUGCUCAUCUACAAAACUCACAAAAACGGUCAGUGGGUGGGAACCGUGCUGCUCAACGCCUGCGAGCUGAUCGAGAGGCCCUCCAAGAAGGACGGCUUCUGCUUCAAGCUCUUCCACCCGCUGGAGCAGUCCAUCUGGGCCGUCAAGGGUCCUAAAGGAGAAGCAGUGGGCUCCAUCACACAGCCGUUACCCAGCAGCCACCUCAUCUUCCGUGCUGCUUCUGAGUCUGAUGGCCGAUGCUGGAUGGACGCCUUAGAGCUGGCCCUGAAGUGCUCCAGCCUGCUGAAGAGGACCAUGAUCCGUGAGGGGAAGGAGGACAUGAGCACCGUAGCCACUGGAGGAGAACACUCCAUUAAUUUCUACAGCCUCCUCCGAGCCCAUAACAUACACGGUUUCCAGUUCAAUGACAGUGAUCAUUUGAAAGACCCGGACCUGUACUCUGACAAGUCAGACAGAGAGGGAGAGCAGGACCACGAGGAGUCAGACCCAGAAGGCCUGGAGAAGAGUGAGGAGAGCGACAGCGACACAUCAGAGCGCCAAGACGACUCAUACAUCGACCUGGACCCUAACGAACAUCUGCGGGAAACCCCGUACCUGGAACAGUCCCACGAGGAACUGGGAGAGGCUGGUGAGGCUGCCCAGACAGAGACGGUGUCAGAGGAGAAUAAAUCUCUGAUAUGGACUCUGCUGAAGCAGGUGCGGCCCGGCAUGGAUCUGUCCAAGGUGGUGCUGCCCACAUUCAUCCUGGAGCCAAGGUCCUUUCUGGACAAACUCUCUGACUACUACUACCAUGCAGACUUCCUGUCAGAGGCUGCAGUUGAAGAGAACGCUUACAACCGGAUGAAGAAAGUGGUGAAGUGGUACAUCUCCGGGUUUUACAAAAAGCCAAAGGGGUUGAAGAAGCCUUACAACCCCAUUAUUGGAGAGACAUACCGCUGCAUGUGGCUCCACCAAAAGACCAACAGUAAGACGUUCUACAUCGCAGAACAGGUAUCCCAUCAUCCUCCAGUAUCAGCCUUUUAUGUCAGCAACAGGAAGGAUGGUUUCUGCCUCAGUGGCAGCAUCCUUGCCAAGUCCAAGUUCUAUGGAAACUCACUGUCAGCCAUAUUAGACGGAGAGGCUCGGCUCACUUUCCUCAACCGAGGAGAAGACUACGUGAUGAACAUGCCCUACGCUCACUGCAAAGGGAUCCUGUACGGCACCAUGACCCUGGAGCUGGGUGGUCAGAUCACCAUUGCAUGUGAGAAAACAGGCUACAGCGCUCAGCUGGAGUUUAAACUCAAGCCAUUCCUGGGCAGCAGUGACAGUGUCAAUCAGAUCUCUGGAAAGAUCAAACUGGGAAAGGAGGUGUUGGCUACACUGGAAGGACACUGGGACAGCGAGAUCUUCAUCAACGAUAAGAAGACUGGGACGAUGGACACGUUCUGGGACCCGACACCGGAGCUGAGGCAGAGCCGUCUGACCCGCUGCACUGUCCCCCCAGAGGAGCAGGGAGAGUUUGAAUCAGAAAGACUGUGGCAGCAUGUGACCCGCGCCAUCAACAACAAGGACCAGACUGAGGCCACCAACGAGAAGUUCAUGCUGGAGGAAGUUCAGAGGAAAUCAGCCCGCGAGCGGAAAGCCAAAUGCGAGGAGUGGAUCCCGGCCCUGUUCGAGCAGGACCCCGUCACUGGAGAGUGGCAUUACAGAUAUGCCGACACGAGGCCAUGGGAUCCACUCAAUGACCUGAUCCAGUUUGAGAAAGACGGCUGCAUCCAGACCAAGGUCCGACACCGCACCCCUAUGGUACGUUCUGGCAGUCUUAUUAGUCUGAGUAACCAGGGGCCGCGGAGGGACAAUUGCAAGUGCCAGGUAACGGUGCCAAAGAGGAAACACAAGAGCGACAAGCCCAAGAGCCCAGAGAGUGGCUGCUCGUCACCCGAACCCGACCGCCAAGACUCAUCUGGCAGCGAACGACACAAAAGCAAGCAUAACAGUCGGCUGAGGAAAAAAGGAGCAGACCUCAGUGAACUUCAAAGUGCCAUUGAAUCUAUAAAGCAGACGCAGGAGGACAUUAACAGGAGCAUCAGCGUGCUGCGGAGUCGUGCGGCAGGCCGGGUGGAGGGCGGCUCCUUCCUCCAGCAGCGCGACUACGUCAUCAUCAUUUUCCUCAUCCUCCUUCAGGUCCUGAUCAACUAUGUCUUCAAGUAGCAGCCAUAACCCCCACAGAGAGAGUGAUGCACUCACACACACACACACACACACACACAGACACACUCUCUGAACAUUGGGUGUUAAAGCGGAGGACAGCGAUGACGGGCUCCCGCAGUUCUCGUCUUCUCUGUCUUUAUUAAAUCCGACUACACACGUCCAAAAAAGCAAAGACUUCCACAGAAAAAGAGACUUUAAAAAAAAAACAAACUCUUAUUUAUUUUUAACCAGUCCAUUCCAAAACUUUGGAGAGAUCCACAGAUUUCAAAGCGGAGAGCGAGCUGAUGAGGAGAAGUUGUUGGAGUUUGGUGUGAUGAAGUCUCGACUGCCACUCUGGAGGUUAUCGACUUGCCUCGACGUAAGAGGCAAAGGAAACAGCAGCCGUUUCAGCUGCUGUUUGUGUUCUUUUCUGAUGGAGUGAAACCACUCUGUUGAUUCACAUUUCACCUCAAACAACAGGGAACCUUUUAACACGGAUACGAGAACCACGACUCAGAUGGUAACACAGGUUUUAAAAAAAAGAAAUCUUUAAUGUUUUAAUGUUUUGUUUUUAAAUUGUUUUGUUUCUUU